AUGGUCAAGAACCACGUGGGGACAACUCAAGGACGAUUUCGUAAUCUUGCUGUGUAUUUGAAGUUUGAUCAACCCAAUAUCAUCAUUGACAAGAUGACCUUGGAGGACGAGCAUCACGUACAUAACCCACUCUGUCGCCCAGCGGAGCAUGCUUAUCGCACGGACUGUCCACAUGAAUUCUGUCUGCCGAAACGGAAGACUAAGACGGCAGUGGAAGCAUCACCGACGGGACAAUCAUCAACCUCAAUUGAGGCACAAGAGCCGGCUGUGGACGAGUUGAUUGUCCAUAUAAGUAGUUUGGUGUACGAAAUGUAUUCUGAGUGGACUAUGGCAUGGGAGUUUGGAAUCCAAGCUGAGGGAGAAUUUCAGGUCAUUAGUGAAGCUACUGUCACCCCAUGCAGUGACCCAGUCGAAUGGAAGACUAUCACUGUGGGCAAAGCCAUCGACACCCAAAGAUUGAUCAGAGGCCCGGCAUUGUUUUCUGAUGCCGCAUUGGAAUUCACGGUAACGUGGUCUUGUCAAGAAAAAACUCCCCUAUUGAAUGUUCUUCAAAGCAAGUUGAAUGUUCUGGAGACAGCAAUGUCACAAAUGGAGACCACCGUGAUUGAACCUUCCAAGUCUCCCUCGAUUGAUAUUACCCAUUUGGUCUUCCGCUCAAAACACAGAGGAGUUAGCAAACAUAUGUAUGUUCAAAGUCAUAUACUCACACAGUUUGAAUACUUUGAAAGAUGCCACUCAGAAGAAUAUUCUGAGACUCAAAAUAUGGAUCAAGGAAAGCGUAAGAGGGAUGGGACCAAAAGUCUUAGUGAAUUGUUAUACUCAAGCCGGGACAAUUCCGAUGACGGAUGGGAUAGUGAUUCAGACAAUGUCGAGCCCAAGAAGGUGCUUAUAUUGAUACUGAGUGUGAUUGAUCCUUUAGUCGAAGAACGUAUAAAGCCUUUAUUGACUAUGCAAUCUGCGGAACCCGGUCGACCUCGAUCCCUCAAAGAACACAGAGCACGGUGGCCUGAGUGGGCCGAAGCCCACUGCAUCCCUCAUACCGUAGUACCAGGUUUCAAGACUCUGACAAGCGCAAAGAGUAUGUACCGAAUAGCUGACAUGUUGAUUAUUCCCGACCUGAAAGCUAUAUGCCACAAACAAAUAAUUGACUCUCUAGACGUGAAAUCUGUGUUCCGUGAGGUCAAGAGCCCAACUUUUCAGCUUCACCAAGAAUUGCGCGUGGAAGCUUAUAAAUUCACUCGCAACAACUGGAAGGCAUAUGGACCCUUAACCAUCAUUCGAUUUGUAACUAAUCUAUUGCCAGAGGAGGCACGGCUUGUCUUUUUUCACAUCCUCGAUGGCCUUGCUCCUGAAAACCCUUCUUGA